AUGCGGGGCGCGCCAGCAGAGACCGACCUUCCGGUCGGAGAGGGAGGGGAGCCGCCCAAGCCUACACGUCGGGGCGGCUCCUCCAGCUUGUACGACAAGACGCUGUCGACGGCGUCGAACCUGGCGAGGCUGCUGCCGACGGGCACCACGACGGCGUUCCAGACGCUGGCGCCGUCCUUCACCAACCACGGCGAGUGCCUGUCGGUGAACCGCUACUUCACCUGGGCGCUCAUCCUCUUCCUCGGCGUGCUCUGCGCGCUCCUCUCCUUCACGGACAGCGUCACCGACCGGCACGGCCACACCCGCUACGGCUUCGUCCACCCGUGGGGCUUCACGCCCUUCAACUCCGACGACCCCGACGGGGGCGGGGCCAUCCCCAUCGGCGAGAGCAGGAGGCGGCGCAUGCGGUGGCGGGACUGGCUGCACUCGGUGUUCCGCUUCAUCGUCUUCAUCUCGCUCGCCUUCUGCGACUCGGGCGUGCAGAAGUGCCUGGUCCCGCGCGAGAGCCGCCAAUGGCGCGAGUUCCUCGUCAACAUGCCGCUCGCCUCCGGCUUCCUCGCCAGCUUCGUCUUCAUGAUCUUCCCCUCCACCAGGCACGGCAUCGGCGCCGGCCCCGCCGCCGCCGCCCUCGACAACCUCACCGACACCAAUGCCAAUGCCAAUGACAAUGCCGCCGUCAAGAAGAGCAAGAGUGCUCCCGCCGCCGCAGACACCCGAGUGGCCCCGUCCACCAGCUAUCAGCUCGGCCAUGUCGUCUAG